CAAAGAGAGUUUUUUUUCUCCCCUCAUUUUGCAAUGGCAAUAGUUCAUUUUCUGAUACUACUUCUCUAUGUUUCCUGUAUUUCCUUGGCCCUUGCACAAGAUGAAAACGAAUUCAUCUACAAUGGCUUCCUUGAAGCCGAUCUGCGUCUUGAUGGAAUGGCAGGGAUCGACCACAAUAAUGGUCUUUUGCAGCUAACCAACAACCUUUCACGCCAACAAGUUGGUCGGGCUUUCUAUCAGUUUCCAAUACAGUUCAACACAAGUUCAUCAUCUCUUUCAUUUUCUACAAACUUUGUGUUUGCCAUGGUUCCUCAUUUGCCAAAUCUUGGCGGUCAUGGCAUUGCCUUCACCAUCAGUCCCUCCACAAACUUCACCCGUGCUCUAGCAAAUGGGUAUCUGGGCCUUUUCAAUGAUUCAAAUGACGGCCUUCCAACAAACCACAUCUUGGCCAUCGAGCUUGAUACUGUUCCCGACCCUGAAUUCUUAGAUAUUACAGAGAAUCAUGUGGGAGUCGAUGUGAACGGCAUGAUAUCAAAUCAAUCAACUCCUGCAACGUAUUUUUCCAAUGAAGAAGGGAAGAAUAUAAGCUUGGAUCUCAUGAGUGGGAAUCCAAUGCAUCUUUGGAUAGACUAUGAUGAUGCAGAGAAGUUAGUGAAUGUAACACUCGCCCCAACUACAAUCCCAAAACCAGACCGGGCUCUGUUGUCAACACCCAUUGAUUUGUCUGAAAUUCUCUUGGAAUCCAUGUAUGUUGGUUUCUCUUCAGCCACAGGUACAAUUGGGAGUGACCAUUACAUUCUGGGGUGGAGCUUUAAUAAAAGUGGACCAGCACAAAGCCUUAAUAUUUCAAGCCUUCCUUCAAUUCCCGAACAGAGGAAAAGGAAAGAGAAAUCAAGCCCCGUCAUCAUGAUUUCUCUCAUAGCAGUUGCAGUUGUGCUUAUAACCGUCGCUGGAGCUGCUGUUUACAUUUUGAGGAGGAAGAAAUAUGAAGAACUACGAGAAGAUUGGGAAGAGGAGUACGGUCCCCACAGGUUCAGCUAUAAGAAUCUCCACAAAGCAACCAAAGGUUUCAAAGACACAGAGGUUAUUGGAGUAGGAGGGUUUGGAAAGGUUUACAGAGGAAUACUUCCUUCGUCUAAUCUACAAAUUGCAGUAAAAAGAAUCUCCCAUGAUUCUAAACAGGGGAUGAAGGAAUUUGUGGCUGAGAUCCUUAGCAUGGGAAGAUUGAGGCAUAGAAACUUGGUGCAGCUACUGGGUUAUUGCCGGCGAAGGGGAGAACUCAUCUUGGUGUAUGAUUAUAUGCCCAAUGGAAGCCUUGACAAGUUCUUGUAUAGCAAUGAAAAACCAAACCUUAACUGGGUUCAACUCUAUAGAAUCAUCAGAGGAGUAGCAUCUGGACUUCUUUACCUCCAUGAAGAGUGGGAACAGGUUGUUCUGCACCGAGAUGUAAAAUCAAGCAAUAUUCUAUUGGAUGCUGAAUUAAAUGGAAGGCUAGGAGAUUUUGGGCUUGCAAGAUUACACGACCAUGGAACCAAUUCCCAAACCACCCGUGUGGUUGGGACUGUGGGUUAUUUGGCUCCGGAGAUUUACAGAACAGGAAGAGCAACCACUUCCAGUGAUGUGUUUGCUUUUGGGGCUUUCAUGCUGGAAGUGGCUUGUGGAAGGAAGCCAAUAGAGCCAAUAGAGGGCUUGGGAUCGCCUGAACGGGUGAUUUUGGUUGAUUGGGUGGCUGAGUGCUGGAGCAAAGGAGAUAUCCUUGAUGCUAGUGAUCCAAGAUUAGAAGGUAAUUAUAUGGUGGAGGAAAUGGAAUUGGUUUUGAAACUAGGCCUAUUUUGCUCACAUUCAAUACCAGCUGCUAGGCCUAGUAUGAAGCAAGUGGUGCAGUUUUUGGAUGGUGAUGCUGAUCUGCGGGAAUUACCAUAUGACAGUGCUUCUUUUGGUACAUUUACAAGUAAUGAAUCAUCUGAUUUCACGUCAUUGCCUUUUUCCCAGGCUUCUGGUCCUUCCAUGUCUACCACUGAUUCAAUCCUCAGAGAUGGUCGCUGAUUUGCUGUCUCAUCUCGUCUCGGGCAUGGGUAGUGAACAUAGCACUCCACGUAGGACACUCGGGCAACCUCAUGAUCCUAUUCCACGAUACUUGGAUAUGAGGGAAGCAGCAGAUGAUCAGAUUGCUAAGGAGAUUAUCAAGGAAGAGAAGGAUCAAUGCAAAGAUUAUCUAUCCUAGCUGUAGUUCUCUUAGUUGUGCUAUCUUUAUCUCAUCUUAUGUAUUACGUCUAUCAGUAGCUAAGCUCUUAUAUCUUGUUUUUUCCUUCUUAUUAUUUCGUUACUAAUCGUAGUAUAUAUAAGACAAGGAGAGGAGCAAUAUAGAUAUUCCUUGAGAAUUGUAUUAA